AAGCAGCAUAUAUAGACCUGCAGAGUGAUCCACACGCUACCGCGUACUCGGUUUCUCUUUUCACCUUAUUUUCCUGUUUCAUUUUCUUGCUUGUUUGCGUGUCACCCAAGAAGUUAAAACAGACAUUCGAGGAAAAUCUAGCACCAAAAAUGGGGUUUCUGUUGUCCAAGCUAACCAGUUUGGUCACUGUUGUUCUAUUUGGGCUUGGUUUCUGCAUCUUCUUCACCUCAACAGAUGCAUAUGAUCCGCUUGAUCCUAAUGGCAACAUCACAAUUAAGUGGGAUAUUAUAAGCUGGACACCUGAUGGCUAUGUUGCCGUUGUUACGCUUUUUAACUUCCAGCAGUAUAGACACAUUCAAGCACCAGGCUGGACGCUUGGAUGGACAUGGGCAAAGAAGGAGGUAAUUUGGAACAUGGUGGGAGGACAAGCCACCGAUCAAGGCGAUUGUUCAAAAUUUAAGACAACUCCCCCACAUUGCUGCAAAAAGACCCCAACCAUUGUUGAUCUACUCCCUGGAACUCCGUACAAUCAGCAGUAUUCCAAUUGUUGUAGAGGGGGAGUGCUGAGCUCAUGGAUACAGGAUCCAUCCAAUGCUGCAGCUUCUUUUCAAAUAAGUGUUGGUCGAUCUGGAACGACCAACAAGACAGUUAGGCUUCCGAAAAACUAUACCCUAUUAGGACCUGGGCCUGGGUACACUUGUGGUGUGGCAAAAGUUGUUAAACCAACUAAAUUCUUUACAGCUGAUAAAAGAAGAGUCUCUCAAGCCCUGAUGACAUGGAAUGUGACAUGCACAUAUUCACAGUUCCUGGCUCAGAAAGCUCCUACUUGCUGUGUCUCGUUGUCUUCCUUCUACAAUGACACAGUAGUUCCCUGCCCGACAUGUUCGUGUGGCUGCCAAAACAACAUAACUCAUCCUGGAAGCUGUGUAGUGCCAGAGUCUCCGUAUUUGGCUUCAGUUGUUUCAGCUGCUGAUAAGAAUUCACCUUUGGUUAGAUGUACUAGCCAUAUGUGCCCUAUCAGAGUUCAUUGGCACGUCAAGCUGAAUUACAAGGAAUACUGGCGAGUGAAGGUCACAAUUACAAACUUUGAUUACAGGAGGAAUUAUUCUGAUUGGAACUUGGUUGCCCAACACCCAAAUUUUGACAAUCUUACCCAAAUUUUCAGCUUCAACGCAAAGUCCUUGACUCCUUAUGGAACCAUAAAUGAUACUGUAAUGCUAUGGGGAACCAAGUUCUACAACGACAUGCUGGUGCAAUCUGGGCCUCUCGGUAAUGUGCAGUCAGAGAUGCUUUUCCGGAAGAAUCCAGCCACCUUCACUUUUGACAAGGGAUGGGCGUUCCCAAGAAGGAUCUAUUUCAAUGGUGAUACUUGUGUAAUGCCACCCCCAGAUGCCUUUCCACAUUUGCCAAAUGCUGGUUUCCGACACUUCAACUAUGGGCUAUUUGCACUUGAUAGAUGUACAGGGCUUACGGAGAAUCAGCUUAUUGUCAUUUAGUUUCUGAGCUAUUAGCUAGGCUGUAAUUUGUACGUCAGUUGAACAACUUAAGUGAUGUAACUUGUUAAAGAAAAGAUUGACUAGGAAAAUUUUCUGAUGCUUA